AUGACAGUCUCGUUGUCCACGCAGAUCGGCGCCGAAUCACAGGUCAAUGGGCAGCUUGCUCCGAUUAGGAGCUUGCUAAAUGGCUUCAGCAGUCAUGCGCUGAAGAGCGGCACCCUGAGUAGCCCGGAACAUACCGCUUCAGAUGAAAUUGCCGUUUUGACGCUUCGCAAUCUCAUCUUCGAUAUUUGCAACCAGAAUGGCGGUGGUCACGGUGGCUCGGCCAUUGGUAUGGCGGCGAUAGGUGUGGCGCUCUACAAGUACGCAAUGCGAUACAACCCGAAUGACCCAAAUUGGUUCGACCGCGAUCGAUUCGUUCUAUCGAAUGGCCACUGUGCCAUGUUUUUGUAUGCACUAAACCACCUGGUUGGGUAUGAUGCCUGGACCAUGGACGAGAUCAAGGGCUAUGGCAGCGCAAAGGCAAACGGCUUUAAGACGAUGUGCCAUGCUCAUCCCGAGAUAGAGGACCCUGGAGUAGAAGUUACCACAGGGCCUCUCGGUCAAGGUAUAGCGAAUGCCGUUGGUCUUGCAAUAGCCUCUAAAAAUCUCGCUGCACGGUUCAACAAACCGGGCUAUGAAGUAUCGAAUUCGCGUGUCUAUUGCAUGACAGGUGAUGGUUGCUUGAUGGAGGGCGUGGCGCUUGAAGCGAUUUCCCUGGCAGGCAACCUGGGCUUGAACAACCUCACCCUCAUCUACGACAACAACCAAGUGACGUGUGAUGGACCGUUGGACUGGAUCAACACCGAGGACGUAAACGCCAAGAUGCGUGCGUGUGGAUGGCAUGUCCUUGAAAUUGAGGAUGGCUCAUACGAUGUACAGACCAUUGUUCGUGCUCUCCAGCUUUCAAAGGCAUCAACCAAGCCCACCUUCAUCAACAUAAGAACUGUAAUUGGCCUUGGGACCAAAGUAGCGGGAACAUUCAAGGCACACCAUGGCACAUUUGAUGAAGAAAGUGUUGCAUUGUCGAAAAAAUUGGCCGGUCAAGAUCCGGAGCGAACACAUGAAAUCCCCGAGCAUGCAUUGUCGUAUUUCCGCGAGAGGAAAGAACACGGUCGGCGCUUGCAACUGGACUGGCAAGCCAGGCUGGACGCCUACGCGACUGAGUAUCCAGAAUUGUACGCCGAGCUGAAGACCAUUCGAAGCGGUAACUAUGGCCAAGGAUGGCUUGAUAUUCUCAGAGAGCUGGGCACGCAACAAUUUUGCGGCAAAGCAACCCGCGAAGUCAAUGGCGCCAUCGUCGAGAAGAUGUGGAAAGCAUAUCCUGGGCUUUUUGGCGGAGGCGCCGACCUCGUCAACUCAAAUAAGAUCUGGUACAGCGAGGACGACGUUUUUCAUCCUUCAAUCAGCUUCAAGGGUCGUUACCUUCGGUACGGAAUACGUGAGCACGCCAUGGCAUCCAUCUCAAAUGGCAUUGCUGCGUACAAUCCUGGCUCGUUCCUGCCAAUCACCGCCACUUUCUUCAUGUUUUACUUAUACGCAGCUCCAGGUGUGAGAAUGGGUGCUCUAAGUAACCUACCUGUCAUUCAUUUCGCAACGCACGACUCCUUCGCCGAAGGUCAGAACGGGCCGACUCACCAGCCUGUGGAGUUAGACUCGCUUUACAGAGCGAUGCCGAAUCUGACUUACAUUCGACCAUGUGAUGCCGAAGAGACAAUUGGGGCGUGGAUGCUCGCAGUCUCAAAGCGAGACGGGCCGACCAUGCUGUCGUUGGCUAGAGAUGCCGUUCCGCAAGUGCGAGGUACAGAUCGGGCAGCAGUCGCCAAGGGAGCUUAUAUUAUCCGUGACGAGCCAAACGCCAAACUGGUGCUAACAAGCUGUGGCACCGCCCUUCAUUACACUGCAGCCGCUGCUCAAGCAUUAACGGACUCAGGCAUUCCAACCCGGGUCGUGAGUUUCCCAAGCUUCGAGCACUUCGAUAAGCAAAGCGAUGAGUACAAGGAAAGCGUCUUCCCGAAUGACGAUACUCCCAUUGUUAGCGUGGAGGAAUACGUUGCCACCACAUGGGGGCGCUACGUUACAGCUAGUGUGGGUAUGAAUGGCUAUGGAUACUCAGCAUCCAAUGAGAGCAAUUACGAACGGUUUGGGCUGAAUGCCAGGGGUAUUGAGAGACGCGUUCGGGCAUACCUGGCUCAGCUCGGCGGAAAAAAUGCACGAACGGCAGGAUGGAAGAACAUUUGA